UCUUUCUCCCGCGUGCCUCUCGUGUCCAAGUGCGCAUCCGACUUCGAGAGGGGCGACCGGAACCGGCGAGGCGGGCCAGAUCGUUUCGCGGCUAGCCGACUGCGUGGAAGACUCUCCUUUCCGAGGCUCUGAAGGGGACACUGCAGGCCGGAGAGACAGUGCGUUGGGGUGUGGCAGGCGGAAAGGUGGAGGAACUUGACUAUCAACUGCCGUGCGCGGAGGCAGGAGCCCGCAGCCUCAAGGCCAGAAACUUCUUCGAACUGGUCCAAAAUGGGGCGCAGAGCCGCGGUAGAGACCCUGGCACGAUCGUCCUGCCCCGACCGGAUCCCUUUGCUUGGCCAGCGGGAGGAACGGGGAGCUUGCGCGGAGGCAGAGGAUUGAGUACGCGAAGCAGCAGGGGCCGCGGAUGCUCAACGACAUCCUCGACUUCGUCGGCAUCGAAACAAAGCCUCGGAAAGUCAGGUGCGCUUAAACCCCUCCAGCCCAGAAGACUGGGGGAUUCUUGUUGUCUCCGUUGCCGAGCGCCGGUCUGCCGACUCCUCAAGGCUCAUCUGAUCCCGCCGUAUAUGCUCGCUGCAUCCAGCGUGCGUGUGAGGCGAAUGACGUUGCGGCAUCGUGAUGGGAAUUCGCGAGGUCCGGCCGACACGUGGGGAGGCUCUCGCGCACCCCGCGCGCGUGGGUCUUGCAGAGAACCUAGCUCGGCGUUUUCGACCGUGUUCGGAGGUGCAGGCGAUGGUGGGCCGGGACUCAGGCGCGGGAGAUCGUGUCAUGAGGAGGUGCCUUCGACGGGAAGAGGACGGCCAGCCGCUGCUCUUUUUGCGUCCUCGCCUGCACCAGGGGACGUGCACGUACGCCAGGCCGCCAACGAGACCGCAGACGGCCAAAGUGGAACGCAGGUGCUCGUGCACAGCUCUUCCGGACUCGCGAAUGUCUCUGGUGCAUCGGCGACCGCAAAGACUGGCGAGGGAGGCGACCUUCCCUCAGCGUGCUGCUUGCAACCGCGAGCACGUGGCCCCGUUGUCCGCGCCCGCGGGGCGUAGCCGACCGCCUGCGACUGGGGAUGGCAAGGUGGAUGGCGACCCUGAUGCCUUAAUUGCAGGUAGACAAGCCGGUGCUCUCAGUUCGGGUGCCUGCUGCUCGGAGGCCGCGCAACUUCUAUUCGAUGCGGAGCGCCUGCCUCAGCUUCCGGCGAUAACCUGGGAAAGGGUAGCGCGGGGGAUAGAAGUCUGCUUUUCGGCUAUCCCCGCGUGUGUCUCUCGAUGUGUCUUCGCUCGCAACGCGGUUAGGGAGGCCGCUGCACUCGCCUCAAAAGUCCCUUUUAGCCCCGAGCAAUUCUGUCCUAGAUAACGUACCCUCUCUGAAGCCUCAACCCCCCACAUCCGCGUUCCACGGCCCGCCAGCUUUGUUUCUGCCAGCAAAGACUAAGGGGGGGGGCGGCCGGAAGGGGGAGGUGCGUGAAGCUCUCUGAACUGUGUCGGCGUCUCUCCGCGACACGGGUGUCGCCUUCGCUCUUAGUUGGCCGCUUCGCGAAGAGGCCCCUACCCUCUUGGCCCAACGAAAAACUUCAGCGAUGCUUCCCUCUCUUUCCAACGUGGCAACGGCCUACGAUAGGGUGCGCACAUCCCGAAAUCCUUUCGGGUAGAGGAGUGAUAAUAUGCGACCUCCUGGCGUAGCCUGCCUUACGAAAAUGGGGAUUGGGGCCAUCACUGCCGUAACCGUUUCGAUUUAUGGAACGAUGGAAUCUUUUAGACCCUUCUGUUUGAACGAUCGUCGCCUCAAACAACCUAAAACUGUAAACCCGUAUCCAGUGCACGUCGCAAGGGGUCGUUGGUAACCGGCUCUGCCUCCUAACGCACAACUUUUUCUCGUUGGCGAUAUAUCUCAGUUGUGGUGUUUUGGGAUAGAUUGGUUCCUGAACGGGUUGUGGGCAGGAUCAAAAGCAUUCGGCCGACGCACGUAACAGCCGCGUGCGAAAAAUGCACUCACGCUGUGUUUAAUGUCGAGCCAUUGGAUCUAUGUCCGAGCAGCCGUCUGCCAGAGACAGUUCACAAAUUGUAAGUCACCCACCUAGAGUUACCGCGUUAAUCUUUCUUCGCAGCCACAAACGCUAGUGUCUGUAUGUGUUGUUAGAGGGAUUCACGAUUUGAUGCAGUAACUGAACAGUGACGCUGAAUCGGAUAUGUGUGCAAAGUAGAGGUAGUCGGUGAAGCAGCCUUUACAUGCAGGAGGCAGUUGUAGAGAUGUACUACAGUGAAUGACUCGUACAAUAUACCGUUACAGACUCAGGACUUUCGUUUCACUGCCCUGCACUUUCCUAUCGUAGUUCGCUCUUUUCUCGGCAGGCUAAACACAUAUGUGCGCUUCUUCCACGGGUCAGGCACACGUGAGAGUCGCCAGUUCUAUAUUGUUGUCCACUAACAGUCAAGCAAAACACUCAAUCACUGGAUCACGAAUUUCUGUUCCUGUGACCAUCAGGCAACACAAAAUGAGGAAAGGUUUAUCGUGCACAGCAAAAAUAUACGGAACAUGUUCUACUGUACCCCAGUGCACACACAAAAAAGGCGUGCUUCCUUUUCUUCACUUUACACGGACGUGUUGAAAUAGAAUGCUCACGAAGAUUACAAGGAUCACGUGGUUUUGGAUGAUGCCAGUUCUGAUAACAGUCAUUCACGGCAGACUGCAAAGCAGGUCCACCUACUUUCUUAUUGUAUUUUGCGUGAACCUUUUCGCAUCAUCCUUCUGCAACUGCCCGCUAAACACCGGCCUGGAACGUAAACGACGAAGACAAGCCAUCGGCAAUCGACCAGGAGAGGCAUGAAGCGUCGCUCGGUCUCAGCCGGUGCAUUACAUACCGCUUCAGUCUCUCUGUCCGUCUGGGUGUCGCCUAUUUCCGAGCUCGCAAUUACAAGUAAGAUUACCGUUCUUCUGACGUUGCUUCAAUCGCCUGACGACAUACCAAUCGUGGUAAGAACACACAACAAAAACUCAGGAGGGAUUCGGG